CUUGUAGCCUCCUGUGUAGACCCAACAUAACGGUCCGGGGAGACAGCAGCACCGAGCAGCCUCUCCGGUUUCGGUCAGUGCACCCACGCCAUCGUCCGGGGGAUCCCCGCGUCCCUGGCCGGCGAGGCGCUCCGGAUGUCCGCGGCGGAGGUGGACCUGUCCGGGGCGCGGAGGGAGCAUGACGCCUACGUGGAGGUGCUGAGGACCAGGCUCCGGCUGGAGGUGGUCUCGCUGCCCGCCGACGAGGCGCUGCCGGACGGCGUGUUCGUGGAGGACGCCGCGGUGGUGUGCGGGGACACGGCGCUCAUCACCCGGCCCGGAGCCGAGAGCCGCCGGGCAGAGACGGAGGCGAUGAAGGCAGCUCUGAAGGAUCUGAACCUGAACAUCGUUGAGAUGACGGAUGAAACUGCCACGCUGGACGGAGGAGACGUGCUUUUCACAGGUCAAGAGUUCUUUGUGGGCCUUUCCAAGCGGACCAAUCAGAGAGGAGCAGAGAUCCUGGCUGAUGCAUUUAAGGACUACGCUGUGUCCACGGUGCCCGUGCAGGAGGGUCUGCACCUGAAGAGCUUCUGCAGCAUGGGGGGACCCGGCCUCAUCGUCAUCGGCUCCAGUGAACCGGCACAGAAAGCUCUCAAAAUCAUGCAGCAGAUGAGCGACCAUCGCUACGACAAGCUGACGGUGCCCGACGACCACGCCGCCAACUGCGUCUACAUGAACCUGCCGGAGCUGGGCCACGUGCUGCUGCACUGCACGGCCGAGGAGUUUCCAGAGAGCGCCAAGGUGUUUGAGAAGCUGAAGGACUACACCCUCAUCCCUCUGGCCAACAGCGAGAAGGUGAAAGUGGACGGAGCCCUCACCUGCUGCUCGGUGCUCAUCAACAAGAAGAGCAGCAACUGAGCCUGCUCACCGGGUGGGGGGGGGGAGGGGACAAAGAAAAUGUAAUUUCCCUUCAAAAACCUCAACAUUACCAAGUUAAAUGUCUUAAAUGAGUCCUAAUUGCUCAGUUGGCACAAAUUCCAAUUAGUUGCAGGUAAUAUUUAGAUAUUUUACUAUUAACUUGAAUAUAUUUUAACAAUUCCUAAUCAAGGUUAAAUACAAGGCAAAUAAAUAGGCCCAUUUAACUUCUAUGUGUUUCGAAUCAUUUUGUUCUUUAGUCGAGAAACUGUUCAAAUCUGAUGCUAAUUAACGACAAAUAUCCGUUCUGAUGUGAUACGGAACCUGCCAGUCUUCACAAUUUGUGUUUUUUGGAUGAGGAAUUAUUCUCAAUUCUUGGCAGUAAGAAGUGGGAACCAAUUCAUUGAAAUGUGGGAACCAGUUAAUCAAAGGUUGGGAACCAAUUAAACAAACUGUGGGAACCAGUUAAUCAAAAGGUGGGAACCAAUGUUAUAAAACAUGGCCUCACUAUAUAUAUAUAUAUAGUCUUCAGUCUAUGACCACUCCCAUUCUCCUUACAAAUGUAAACAGUUGGUUUAUUCUGUUUACUUGCACUGUUUUAACUGUGAUUUCAUGUGAUUGGUUAAAUAAUACAAAUACAACUUUUUUUUCUUUCUUCCAAGAACUGUAUUUUCAAAUAAGACUUCCUUCUAGUGGAAGAAAUAGAUCCUGUUGUUGUUGUGGUACUUUAAAAACGUCAAUGUCACUGUUGCUCCUGAGUUCCUGCUGAUGUUUGACUUUCACCACUGUACUUUCAGAUUGUUUGAAUUCUCGAUUCUUGUCUUUGAUCAGUGAUGUGAUUUCCUUUGUGUGAUAUUGACAGUGAACCCCCGCUGAGACCUGAGGUGCUCUUAGUUUUUUUCACGAGUGUUGCUCUUCUCAUUGCCACCGAUCGUAGAGAACUGAAGUUAACUGGUCCUUAACACCUGCCGCCAGCAGGAGGAGCAAACCGGAUCCAUUCAUUCUACGAGAACCAUCUGUGCCCGUUUAGUUGCAGUGAUUUUUUGCGUCUCUCGUGUGUGGGGAUGCAAACUUGUUCAUAUGUGCCAACCCUGCAGAGGACAGAGAGAAGCUGCCCCUGUGUGUUUCCCUCAUUACAAGACGACCUGAGCUUUCAUUUACUCCAACGUAAACACCUUUGCUCCUCUAAUGUGCUAAGUCCAAUGAGUUUACUCCGGCUGAAAGAUUCUGAAAACACUGUAGAUGUCUUGGUUUUUCCUUGUUUGUUGAUUCCACUGGUUUCAGUUUUCGCGUCUGACAGAUUUUACUCCAAAAAUCGUGUCCGUUUCCAUGUGUGUACUCGCUGGAAGCUGCCAGGACCAGUUUGACUGAUGAGCUCCGUCUCAGUGGCCUCUGCUGUUUGCAUGCGUGCGGCCUGUGGAUAUGACGGCACACAGCGCGUGCAUACUGUAAAUACUCCUCUGUACUGUAGCUCCAGGCCCCAUCACAUCUGAAACCCGUGUUGUUUCUCAUUGUGAUCGUUUGUGAAAGUUGAGGAAAUGACAUCAGGAGGCGAUUCGGCCUCUCGCUCCGUGGCGUACGGGCGAGUGGGCAGUGAUGAAACAUGGAAAGAAUUCCUGCAGGGAGGAGAGAGGCUCCGACUCAGCCUGUAAACACUGACUCGCUCACACUUUCUCUCUUUCUCCCGAUUGUCUCACUCACACACACACACACACACACAACGUUGGCUUCUCUCCUCCUGGGUGAUUGCCUCAUAUACGCUUCUGGCCUGUUUCACGGACAUGACAUCACACAGUCUGGCGAGCGGUGCGGACGUGAUGAUCUGGCGUUAAAGUGCGAGUCUUGUAUAUUUUCGCUGCAGGCUGCUGACUGGCUGCAGGGCGAUAACACGCGGCUGCAGAGUGUCUGACGCUCACGCUCCACAGGGCCGAGCCAGACAGGAGCAGUCGCACCCGGUCUGAUUCACACAUGGCAGCCGCUGGGUUCUGCUUCUUUUUUCAGGCGAGUCAAAUCUAAAAAAAAUCUAGAAUUGCCUUCACCUCUCAGUCCUAAAAUCUAAAUAACAUCUUCUACAUUUAUUGGCUCUUGGCUGGAGACACUGUUUGUCUCGUGUUUAUCCCCCCCCCCCCAACUCAUCCCUGUAGUCAUGGCGUUGUGUGUCGGCCAUGUUCCCCCCUCAGGUCUCUUGGUUCUCAUUCAAGUUGUGAGUAAUGAUUAUUUGUGUCAUGUUUAAUUGAGCCUUUCAUCUACUUAGUGUAAUAAAUUAACAUCUAGCAUU